AUGGCAGCUCAGACAACAGAAAAGCUGCAGGAGCUUGAUCUGAACGGUCAGAACGGUGCCAAAGCCGAGGCCCCGGCGGCCGAACAGGCCCCCAAUGAAGGCGAGGAUGACUCGGAUGACGACCAGGAAGAGGGUGAAGGUGGUCCAGAUGCUGGGGCUGCCGGAGAGCUCUCCGCCCGAGUUCCGGUCUCCAACCUCUUUCCCAACAACCAAUAUCCCGAGGGCGAGAUCUGCGAAUACGUCGGCGAGAACGCCUACCGCACCACCAACGAGGAAAAGCGCUACCUUGAUCGCAUGAACAAUGACUUCUUGCAAGAAUACCGCCAGGGCGCCGAGGUUCACCGUCAAGUCCGCCAGUAUGCGCAGAAGAACAUCAAGCCUGGCCAGACUCUGACUGAGAUUGCGGAGGGCAUUGAGGACUCUGUGCGUGCUCUGACAGGGCACUCGGGUCUGGAGGAAGGCGAUAACCUCAAGGGUGGCAUGGGCUUCCCUUGCGGUCUCAGCAUCAACCACUGCGCUGCACACUACACACCCAACGCGGGCAACAAGAUGGUCCUGAACCAGGGAGAUGUGAUGAAGGUUGAUUUCGGUGCGCAGCUCAAUGGUCGCAUUGUUGACAGUGCGUUCACUAUGACAUUUGACCCGGUCUACGACCCGUUGCUGGAAGCCGUUAAGGAUGCAACGAACACCGGUAUCCGGGAAGCUGGUAUUGAUGUCCGUAUGAGCGACAUUGGUGCCGCCAUCCAAGAAGCCAUGGAGAGCUACGAAAUUGAGCUCAACGGGACCAUGUAUCCCGUCAAGUGUAUUCGCAACCUGAACGGUCACAACAUUGAACAGCAUGUUAUUCACGGUGGAAAGAGUGUGCCUAUCGUUAAGGGCAGCGACCAGACUAAGAUGGAGGAAGGCGAGGUUUUCGCCAUUGAGACUUUCGGCAGUACCGGAAAAGGUUACGUCCGGGAAGACAUGGAAUGCUCUCACUACGCCCUCGCAGCCGAUGCGCCCAACGUUCCCCUCCGCCUGUCAUCGGCCAAGAACUUGCUUAACGUAAUUCACAAGAAUUUCGGCACACUGCCUUUCUGCAGACGUUAUCUUGACAGACUGGGCCAAGAGAAGUACUUGCUCGGCUCCGCAGUUCACUCUUUCCUCACGACACUCCCUCUUUACUCCCAACAUGUCUUCGACAGUGGAAACUGCGUCGCCGCACCUCCGAGUGUCCGCCGCAAAGGCAAAGAAGUCGCUCCAGAAACCUCGCAACGCAUUCCGCCACCGGAGACCUCCUCCGUGGACGACCACUUCUUCUGGACAUACACUGAAGAACCGCACCGCUCACGACGACAGGCAAUUAUCAAGGCUCAUCCAGAGGUCACGAAGCUCUGCGGCCCUACAACUGUCACAAAAUGGGUUGUCCUCGGCGUUGUCUCCCUACAAAUCACCUGCGCAUACCUCCUCCGUAACACUCCAAUCCUCGACUGGAAGUUCCUGGCUACAGCAUACGUGAUCGGAGCCACCUCCAACCAGAACCUGUUCCUGGCUAUCCACGAGAUUUCACACAACUUGGCAUUCCGCUCGCCAUUGGCAAAUCGCCUACUGGCUAUCUUUGCCAAUCUCCCCAUUGGAUUGCCGUACAGCGCUGCGUUCAGACCCUACCAUCUGACGCACCACAAGUCCCUCGGCGUAACAGGCCUGGACACCGAUCUUCCUACCGCACUGGAAGCCUUCUUCCUAAACUCCCUCCUAGGAAAGACUUUCUUCUGCACCUUCCAGAUCCUAUUCUACGCCGUGCGACCGAUGUUCAUCUACAGCCCACCGUUCACCUUGAUCCACCUUCUCAAUCUCUUCGUACAACUAAGCUUCGACUACGCCUUUUUCCGCUUCGCCGGUUCCUGGCAACCAAUCUACUACCUAAUAGCCAGCUCCUUCUUGGCAGGCUCCCUCCACCCCUGCGCAGGCCACUUCAUCGCCGAGCACUACUUCUUCUCGAACGUCAAGAACGGCGGUACAGAGUCCCUCUGUGAGCUCAAGAACCUAAAGACCAAGCCCGCUUCCAAAACCGAAGCCCCACAUCCCCUUGCGGACCUGGCCCCGCCCGAGACCUAUUCUUACUAUGGCCCGCUGAACAUCCUGACAUAUAACGUGGGUUUGCACAAUGAACACCAUGAUUUCCCUGCUAUCCCCUGGACCAGAUUGCACAAGUUGCAUUCUAUCGCUAGCGAGUUCUACGAGCCGCUGCCUUGUCAUAGGAGUUGGGUGUGGGUUAUUUACACCUUUAUUCUGGAUAGCAACGUCGGACCUUGGUGCCGUGUCAAGCGUGCGCAGGUGGGCGUGUUGUCGGCGGUGGAAGCACAGGUCAGAACGAAUACAAUGGCCGUGGAGGCGAAGGAAUCUCAGCUGCGUCGGCGGGUCCGGCCGGUGAGCAAGGUGAUGGUUGGAAAGAAAGUGAGAUCCAGUUUUAGCUGGGAUCUUCGCACUUGUGAUCAUGGACUGGUGUUUUUUUCACGGCGUACAUAUCGGCUGGGAAUCAAAAUUGAUUUACUCUUGGAGUUUGGGUCUAAUGAUCUCCACAUACGUAAAGGUCAGGUUACAACAGAUUUGGGGGGCUUUAUCAAAUGA